AUGGACGUCAACGGCACACUCGAAAUCACAAACUGCUUCAAUUUCCCCGUCGUCGAUCUACCACCCGAGAGCCAGUACGAACAACAACAACAUUUCAACAGUGCCGCUGCCGCCCCUCGCCACAAGUCCAGCACUGCCUACCAGGCCGAUAUGAUCAGACACUUGCGAGAAGUCAACAUCGACGCCAACAAUGUCGGAUGGUACACGAGUGCGAACUUGGGAAACUUCAUCAAUAUGAACUUCAUUGAGAACCAGUACCACUACCAGAAAGACUUGAAUGAAAAGACUGUCGCUUUGGUCCAUGAUGUCAGCCGCAGUUCCCAGGGCGUUCUUAGUCUGCGUGCUUUCCGACUCACUCCACAAUUCAUGGCCGCUUACAAGGAGAACAAAUUUACUACUGACAAUCUUCAAAAAUCUGGCUUCAAGUACACUGAUAUCCUGGUCGAAUUGCCCGUCACAAUCCAUAACUCACUCCUUGUGAAUACAUUCCUCCACCAGAUCCCCUCGUUACUCGCCAGCGGAACUCUCAAGCCACCAACUUCUGUGGCUGAGAUCGAGAACAAUCCUGUCUUCAAAUCCGACGGUCUUGCCCCGACCUUUGAUACCCUGUCCAUCAACAUUGACCCAUUCCUUUCGCAGACCGCCGACAAUCUACUAGACAGCAUUGAAACCCACCACGUUGAAGCAAACAACUUCUCUUAUUACUCCCGUGCCCUUGCCCGUGAGCAGGCUAAGAUCCAACAAUGGCAAACGAAGCGAAAGGCCGAGAACGCCGCACGUGCUCUGUCCAAGCAACCUCCGCUUCCUGAGGACGAGUGGCAGAGAUUGUUCAAGCUACCUACAGAGCCUAACCGCCUUGAGAGUAUGUUAAACUCACGCCAGGUUGAGCAGUACGCUCGUCAAGUCGACGGCUUCGUUUCGGGCACAACUGGUAAGAUGUUUGCCGUCCGAGGUAAUCUUCUUCCAGGCGAGGGUAACCCUGAGUGA